GGGCGAUGGCUCUGAUUGAAGGGGUAGGAGACGAGGUGACACUGCUGUUCGGCUCGCUGCUGCUGCUCCUGGUGCUGCUGCUCGCCUGGAUCUCCACCCGCACCUCUGAGCCCCCAGAACACCUGUUCACCUCCACCACAGGCCCCGCCCCUCACUGGGGACCAGCCCCGCCCAUCAGGACACCCCCAUCCUCCACCAACACCGCUUCCUCUUCAUCCUCCUCGCCCUCCAGUUCUGUGAGUGACAGCUCUCUGACAGAAGCUCUUCCCAACAACACCUCCACCCAGGAGGAGAAGGGAGGGGGCAGGGAGGCAGGAGAGGGGGAGGCGGGAGGAGGAGAUGGUAUCAGGAACAGAGGAGGUGGAGAAGGAGGAGGAGGAGGAGAAGAAGAAGAAGAAGAGUCUUCGUCCUCUCAGAGGAGCAUGGUGGUCAGACUGAAGUUUCUGAACGACACAGAGAGAACCGCUCAGGUCAAACCACAGGACACCAUUGGAUACAUCAAAAGGACCUACUUUGCGGGUCAGGAGCAGCAGGUCCGGUUGAUCUAUCAGGGUCAGCUGCUGCAGGACGACGCUCAGACUCUGGCCUCUCUGAACCUGGUUCAUAACUGCGUCCUGCACUGUCACAUCUCUCAGCACGCCGGACGGGGGUGGCGGGGGCCGCGGCCCGCCGACCAGGUGCAGGUGGCUCUGAACGUGGGCAGCCUGAUGGUCCCCCUGCUGGUCCUCAUGCUGUCGGUGCUGUGGUAUUGUCAGAUCCAGUACAGGCAGUUCUUCACCGCCCCAGCCACCGCCUCGCUGGUCGGCGUCACCAUCUUCCUCAGCCUAGUGGCCUUCGGAGUUUACCGCCGCUAGCUGCUCUCUGAUUGGCUGCUGCCUCUGGCUGUGUGGUGAUGUCAGCAGCGGGGCGUAGCUCUCUCUGUGACCUCAGAGCCAGCUGAGACGUGACAAAGACUCUGAUAGUUAAUUUUUUGUUUUGUUUUUCUGUUGCCAUGGAGACGCUGAGUGUUAUGAGGACUUUAAU